CCGUCGAAUCCGGAGAAGGAGGUGGAGAGGGAUGUUUUCCUCUUCCGAGCUUACAUCGCCCAGAGAAAAUAUGGUGUUGUCCUGGAUGAAAUUAAAGCCAACACUAGUCCUGAGCUCCAAGCAGUGAGGAUGUUUGCAGAAUAUCUUUCAAAUGAGAAUCAAAGGGAUGCAAUUGUUGCUGAUUUGGACAAGAAGAUGGCAAAGAGUGUGGACGUGAGUCUGGAUGGUUUGGUGCUCAUCCUACCCCUUUGUUUCCCCCCCUGCAGCACAGCCAUGAUGAUCCAGAUCCUCCUGAAGCUCGACAGGCUCGACCUGGCUCGCAAGGAGCUGAAGAAGAUGCAGGAGCAGGAUGAAGAUGCAACUCUGACCCAGCUGGCCACGGCCUGGGUGAACCUGGCCAUAGGUGGGGAGAAGCUACAGGAUGCCUACUACAUCUUCCAAGAGAUGGCAGACAAGUGCUCCUCCACCCUCCUCCUCCUCAACGGGCAAGCAGCCUGUUACAUGGCCCAGGGCAAGUGGGACGAUGCUGAGGGAGUCCUGCAGGAGGCCCUGGACAAGGACAGUGGCCAUCCUGAGACCCUGAUCAACUUGGUGGUCCUGUCACAGCACCUGGGCAAACCCCCAGAGGUCACGAAUCGCUACUUGUCACAGCUGAAAGAUGGACAUAAAAAUCACCCAUUCAUAAAGGAGUACCAGGCAAAGGAGAACGACUUUGAGCGGCUGGCCAUGCAGUACGCGCCCAGCGCCUGA